CUGAUUGAUUGAUUACCAAUAAUCAGCAUCAGGCCUGAGGAAUCCUCAUUGAUCGGUCCUGUCUGAUGUCUCUUUUUAUUUGGACCCCGCCCUCUAACAGCUGGGGUUGGAUGGCUCUUAUAAUACAAACAGAAGAUGAAUGUGUGUCACUCUGUUUCUGUCCUGCAGGUGGAGCCGAUGGAUCCGAGGUGCCGCCUCCUCAGAACGUCAUCACGAAGACCUUGAACACCAACUACACGCUGAGCUGGGACUGGCCGCCGGGCGCUGCAGGGACCCACGCCGUCACCUUCACCACGCAAUAUGUGCCAAAUGUGAUCUCCUCUCUGUCCCGUCUAGCGGCUCUGGGGCCUCCCAGCAACGUCACCCUCGCUCCUGCUGGAAGCGACUUGGACGUGGUCGUCACCGACCCGCUGACCAGCAACAACACCUCCAUGAGGGAGCACGUCCCCAACCUGUACUACCACGUCCAGUACUGGGAGCGCCAGGCUGAUGGGCAGGCCUCGCCUCAUAAGCAGCUGAGGAUCAACACCACCAUGGUGACGCUGCCGGGCUUGAAGGCGUGGACCUGGUACUGUGUGAGCGUGCAGUCUCGCGACGACUUCUACUCGAAGACCAGCGACUUCACGGUGCCGCACUGCAUGCAGACCGAAGGUAACGCCGUCACUCUCACUAAGCUUGGCGCUCUGCUUCCUGCAGCUGUGACAGCACAGGCACUCGCUCUCUCGCACUCGCUCUUUCGCCCUCUCUCUCUCGCCCUCUUUCUCGCUCUCUCGCCCUCUCUCUCUCC